CCUCUCGCUGCCUCUGCAGAAACAGCUCCCUGCCAGAACGGCGCUCGGCGCGGCGCGGCCCGGAGCGGCGGCGGCAGUGGCGGCGGUGGCGGCGGUGGCGGCGGCGGCGGCGCUUCCCGCGGGCUCGCCCUCAGGUGUUCGCGGCUGCCGUCGCCGAAGAUCGCGGGUCGGGGCCUCGCGGCGAUCGCCCUGGGCGGGCCGGAGACGCCUCGGGCCCCCUGGCGGCUCGGGGUCCACCCGGCGCCGCGGGCCCGCCGCUCUCCUUCGCCUCCUCGCCUUUGCGCCUCUUCUCGCUCUGCCUCUCUCCAUUUAUUAUUCUCAUCAUUUUUAUUUUCAAACGGUGUAGCCGCCAGAGGUGCGGUGCUAAAUUCUUGGAAGGGGCCCGGAUGUACUGAGGAUGCAUUACAAUCUCACGAAAGGAGGCGGUAGUGGAAAGCAGCAGUUUUUGGUGUUUGGUGCAAUAAUGGGGAUCAGGUAAUCAACCCGAAGGGAGCAAGAACCACUGCGGAUCCACGGCUUCCUGGAUUUGCGCGAGAGCCGCCGGCCUCGGAGGAGGGAUCCAUCCCGAGCCGCUCGUGGCUGUUGCUGCAUUUCUUCCUCUUUGUGGCUUCUCCUUUCCAAGCAGUUUCUGGCCGAUGGUCAAUGAAAACACGAGGAUGUACGUUCCAGAGGAAAACCACCAAGGUUCCAACUAUGGGAGCCCACGCCCAGCUCAUGCCAACAUGAAUGCCAAUGCAGCUGCGGGGCUCGCCCCUGAGCACAUCCCUACUCCAGGAGCAGCACUGUCCUGGCAGGCAGCCAUCGAUGCCGCCCGGCAGGCCAAGCUCAUGGGCAGUGCUGGCAAUGCAACCAUCUCUACCGUCAGUUCCACACAGCGGAAGCGGCAGCAGUAUGGGAAACCCAAGAAGCAGGGGAGCACAACUGCCACACGGCCGCCCCGGGCUCUGCUCUGCCUGACCCUGAAGAACCCCAUCAGGAGGGCAUGCAUAAGCAUUGUUGAAUGGAAACCAUUUGAAAUAAUUAUUUUACUGACUAUUUUUGCCAAUUGUGUGGCCUUAGCAAUCUAUAUUCCCUUUCCGGAAGACGACUCCAACGCCACCAACUCCAACCUGGAACGCGUGGAGUAUCUCUUCCUCAUCAUUUUUACCGUGGAAGCAUUUUUAAAAGUAAUUGCCUACGGACUUCUCUUCCACCCCAACGCUUACCUCCGCAACGGUUGGAAUUUACUAGAUUUUAUAAUUGUGGUUGUAGGGCUUUUUAGUGCAAUUUUAGAACAAGCAACCAAAGCUGACGGAGCCAACGCUCUAGGAGGGAAAGGAGCUGGAUUCGACGUGAAGGCACUGAGAGCGUUCCGUGUGCUUCGUCCCCUGCGGCUGGUGUCUGGAGUCCCAAGUCUCCAGGUGGUCCUGAACUCCAUCAUCAAGGCCAUGGUGCCUCUGCUGCACAUUGCCCUUCUUGUGCUCUUCGUCAUCAUCAUUUAUGCUAUUAUCGGCCUGGAGCUCUUCAUGGGAAAGAUGCACAAGACCUGCUACAACCAGGAGGGCAUAAUAGAUGUUCCGGCAGAAGAGGAUCCUUCCCCUUGUGCUUUGGAGACAGGCCAUGGGCGUCAGUGUCAGAACGGGACCGUGUGCAAGCCCGGGUGGGAUGGGCCCAAGCACGGCAUCACCAACUUCGACAACUUCGCCUUCGCCAUGCUGACGGUGUUCCAGUGUAUCACCAUGGAGGGAUGGACAGACGUGCUGUACUGGAUGCAAGACGCUAUGGGCUAUGAGUUGCCCUGGGUGUAUUUUGUCAGUCUGGUCAUCUUUGGAUCCUUUUUCGUUCUAAAUCUGGUUCUCGGUGUUUUGAGCGGGGAGUUUUCCAAAGAGAGGGAAAAAGCCAAAGCCCGAGGAGAUUUCCAGAAGCUCCGAGAGAAGCAGCAGCUAGAAGAAGAUCUCAAAGGCUACCUGGACUGGAUCACCCAGGCAGAAGACAUUGACCCCGAGAACGAGGAUGAGGGCAUGGACGAAGACAAGCCUCGAAACAGAGGCGCUCCAGCGGGCUUGCAUGAUCAGAAGAAAGGGAAAUUUGCUUGGUUUAGUCACUCUGCAGAAACCCAUGUGAGCAUGCCCACAAGCGAGACUGAGUCUGUCAACACCGAAAACGUGGCCGGAGGUGACAUUGAGGGUGAAAACUGUGGAGCCAGGCUUGCCCACCGGAUCUCCAAAUCCAAGUUCAGCCGUUACUGGCGCAGGUGGAAUAGAUUCUGCAGAAGAAAGUGCCGUGCAGCAGUUAAGUCUAACAUCUUCUACUGGCUCGUGAUCUUCCUGGUGUUCCUCAACACCCUCACCAUUGCCUCCGAACAUUACAACCAGCCUCACUGGCUCACAGAAGUGCAAGACACGGCCAAUAAGGCCCUCCUGGCGCUUUUCACUGCAGAAAUGCUCCUGAAGAUGUACAGCCUGGGUCUGCAGGCCUAUUUUGUAUCCCUCUUCAACCGUUUCGACUGUUUCAUUGUGUGUGGGGGUAUCCUGGAGACCAUCCUGGUGGAGACGAAGAUCAUGUCUCCCCUGGGCAUCUCUGUGCUGAGAUGUGUGCGGUUGCUCAGGAUCUUCAAGAUCACCAGGUACUGGAACUCCUUGAGCAACCUUGUGGCAUCCUUGCUGAACUCAGUGCGCUCCAUCGCCUCCCUGCUGCUGCUCCUCUUCCUCUUCAUCAUCAUCUUCUCCCUCCUGGGGAUGCAGCUGUUUGGAGGCAAGUUCAACUUCGAUGAGAUGCAGACCCGCAGGAGCACGUUUGAUAACUUCCCGCAGUCUCUCCUCACUGUGUUUCAGAUCCUGACCGGGGAGGACUGGAAUUCGGUGAUGUAUGAUGGGAUCAUGGCUUAUGGCGGCCCCUCUUUUCCAGGGAUGUUAGUCUGUAUUUACUUCAUCAUCCUCUUCAUCUGUGGAAAUUAUAUCCUACUGAAUGUGUUCUUGGCCAUUGCGGUGGACAACCUGGCUGAUGCGGAGAGCCUGACCUCUGCCCAAAAGGAAGAGGAAGAAGAGAAGGAGAGAAAGAAGCUGGCCAGACCGGCCAGGACUGCCAGCCCAGAAAAGAAACAGGAGGUGAUGGAGAAGCCAGCAGUGGAGGAGAGCAAAGAGGAGAAAAUCGAACUGAAGUCCAUUACGGCAGAUGGAGAAUCCCCACCCACUACCAAGAUCAACAUGGAUGACCUCCAGCCCAGUGAAAAUGAGGAUAAGAGUCCCCACUCCAACCCAGACACUGCAGGGGAAGAGGAUGAGGAGGAGCCAGAGAUGCCUGUGGGGCCACGCCCCCGGCCCCUGUCUGAGCUGCACCUUAAGGAAAAGGCAGUUCCCAUGCCAGAAGCCAGUGCAUUUUUCAUCUUCAGCCCAAACAACAGGUUCCGCCUGCAGUGCCACCGCAUCGUCAACGACACGAUCUUCACCAACCUCAUCCUCUUCUUCAUCCUGCUCAGCAGCAUCUCUCUGGCUGCUGAGGACCCCGUCCAGCACACCUCCUUCAGGAACCAUAUUCUGUUUUAUUUUGACAUUGUUUUUACCACCAUUUUCACCAUUGAAAUUGCUCUAAAGAUCCUAGGCAAUGCAGACUAUGUCUUCACUAGUAUCUUUACAUUAGAAAUUAUCCUUAAGAUGACUGCUUAUGGGGCUUUCCUGCACAAGGGCUCUUUCUGCCGAAAUUACUUCAAUAUCCUGGACCUGUUGGUGGUUAGCGUGUCCCUCAUCUCCUUUGGCAUCCAGUCCAGUGCAAUCAACGUUGUGAAGAUUUUACGAGUGCUGCGAGUCCUCAGGCCCCUGAGGGCCAUCAACAGGGCCAAGGGGCUAAAGCACGUGGUUCAGUGCGUGUUUGUGGCCAUCCGGACCAUUGGGAACAUCGUGAUUGUCACCACUCUGCUACAGUUCAUGUUCGCCUGCAUUGGGGUCCAGCUCUUCAAGGGAAAGCUCUAUACCUGUUCGGAUAGUUCUAAACAGACGGAGGCAGAAUGCAAGGGUAACUAUAUCACGUACAAAGAUGGAGAGGUUGAUCACCCCAUUAUCCAGCCUCGGAGCUGGGAGAACAGCAAGUUUGACUUUGACAAUGUUCUGGCAGCCAUGAUGGCCCUCUUCACCGUCUCCACCUUCGAGGGGUGGCCAGAGCUGCUGUACCGCUCCAUUGACUCCCACACAGAAGAUAAGGGCCCCAUCUACAACUACCGUGUGGAGAUCUCCAUCUUCUUCAUCAUCUACAUCAUCAUCAUUGCCUUCUUCAUGAUGAACAUCUUCGUGGGUUUCGUCAUUGUCACCUUCCAGGAGCAGGGGGAACAAGAGUACAAGAACUGUGAGCUGGACAAGAACCAGAGACAAUGUGUGGAAUAUGCCCUCAAGGCUCGACCCUUGCGAAGAUACAUCCCCAAGAACCAGCACCAGUACAAAGUGUGGUAUGUGGUCAACUCCACCUACUUCGAGUAUCUGAUGUUCGUCCUCAUCCUGCUCAACACCAUCUGCCUGGCCAUGCAGCACUAUGGCCAGAGCUGCCUCUUCAAAAUUGCCAUGAAUAUACUCAACAUGCUUUUCACUGGCCUCUUCACGGUGGAGAUGAUCCUGAAGCUCAUUGCCUUCAAACCCAAGGGUUACUUUAGUGAUCCCUGGAAUGUUUUUGACUUCCUCAUCGUCAUUGGGAGCAUAAUUGAUGUCAUUCUCAGUGAAACUAAUGUGAGUAUCACUCUGCCCUCCCCAAGGGCCCUGGUCCUUCCACCUCUCCUGCCUCCUCCACUCCUCCCUCUCUUUCUCUCUCUCUCUCACUCACUCUCUUUGUUUACCUCUUUUUAUGUUUUUGUUUUAAUUUCUGAUUUUACCCACCUUCAGUCAUGCUUUUUAUUGAACCUGCCGUCGUCUUGUGAGGGGGGAAAAAAAGCAGAAAUCUAUUCUCCUUUUUUUCCCACGUGUCCUGGCUACGCUGGGCCCAAGGGCGCAGAGCUGAGCGGAGGGAACAGGCUGCACACUGGUUGGGCCAGCCCUGGCUGCCUUCUGGGUGGCUAUCGCCCACCCAACCUCGGAACUAACCUAGCUUUUGUCAGGCCUCUCCAUCCUGCGAAACCCAGGUUGCCCAGGUUUGAGCCGCCAGCAUGUAUAGUGGUAAGAGUAUCUAAUACACCACGUAACCUCUUUCUUCUCUCAUUUUUUUUCUCUUCUCUCCUUUCUUUCAUGCCUCUUUUGUUUUUUUGUUUUCAUUUUCCUCCUCCCUGUGUUUUUUGUUUUUUCCUCUUUUGUUUGUUUGUCUCCUUCUCUCUUUCCUGGCUUUUCCGCCCCAUGCAGCACUAUUUCUGUGAUGCAUGGAAUACAUUUGACGCCUUGAUUGUUGUGGGUAGCAUUGUUGAUAUAGCAAUCACCGAGGUACACCCAGCUGAACAUACCCAAUGCUCUCCCUCUAUGAGUGCAGAGGAGAACUCCCGCAUCUCCAUCACCUUCUUCCGCCUCUUCCGGGUCAUGCGCCUGGUGAAGCUGCUGAGCCGUGGGGAAGGCAUCCGGACCCUGCUGUGGACCUUCAUCAAGUCCUUCCAGGCCCUGCCCUAUGUGGCCCUUUUAAUCGUGAUGCUGUUCUUUAUCUAUGCAGUGAUUGGGAUGCAGGUCUUUGGGAAGAUUGCCCUGAAUGACACCACAGAGAUCAACCGGAACAACAACUUCCAGACGUUCCCCCAGGCUGUGUUACUGCUGUUCAGGUGUGCCACCGGGGAGGCCUGGCAGGACAUCAUGCUGGCCUGCAUGCCAGGCAAGAAGUGUGCCCCAGAGUCUGAGCCCAGCAAUAGUACGGAAGGGGAGACCCCCUGUGGCAGCAGCUUUGCUGUCUUCUACUUCAUCAGCUUCUACAUGCUCUGUGCCUUCCUGAUCAUCAACCUCUUUGUAGCUGUUAUCAUGGACAACUUUGACUACCUAACUAGGGACUGGUCUAUCCUCGGUCCCCAUCACCUGGAUGAAUUCAAGAGAAUCUGGGCCGAGUAUGACCCUGAAGCCAAGGGUCGGAUCAAACACUUGGAUGUGGUGACUCUCCUCCGUCGAAUUCAGCCCCCACUGGGUUUUGGGAAGUUGUGUCCUCACCGUGUGGCCUGCAAACGCCUGGUGUCCAUGAACAUGCCUCUGAACAGCGAUGGGACAGUCAUGUUCAACGCUACCCUGUUCGCCCUCGUCAGGACAGCCCUGAGGAUCAAAACAGAAGGGAACCUAGAGCAAGCCAAUGAGGAGCUGCGGGCCAUCAUCAAGAAAAUCUGGAAGAGGACCAGCAUGAAGCUGUUGGACCAGGUGGUGCCCCCUGCAGGCGAUGACGAGGUCACAGUGGGCAAGUUCUACGCCACCUUCCUGAUCCAAGAGUACUUCAGGAAAUUCAAGAAGCGAAAAGAGCAGGGGCUGGUGGGCAAGCCCUCACAGAGGAAUGCACUGUCCCUCCAGGCUGGCUUACGCACCUUGCAUGACAUUGGACCUGAGAUCCGGCGGGCCAUCUCUGGGGAUCUGACUGCUGAGGAGGAGUUGGACAAAGCUAUGAAGGAGGCGGUGUCUGCUGCCUCCGAAGAUGACAUCUUCAGGAGGGCUGGAGGCCUGUUCGGUAACCACGUCAGCUACUAUCAGAGUGACAGCAGGAGUAACUUUCCUCAGACGUUUGCCACCCAGCGCCCACUGCAUAUCAACAAGACAGGGAACAACCAAGCUGACACCGAGUCACCGUCCCAUGAGAAGCUGGUGGACUCCACGUUCACCCCCAGCAGCUACUCAUCCACGGGCUCCAAUGCCAACAUCAACAAUGCCAACAACACUGCCCUGGGCCGCUUCCCCCAUCCUGCUGGCUACUCCAGUACGGUCAGCACUGUGGAGGGCCAUGGGCCCCCCUUGUCCCCUGCUGUCCGGGUACGGGAGGCAGCAUGGAAGCUCAGCUCUAAGAGGUGCCACUCCCGAGAGAGCCAGGGGGCCAUGAUGAGUCAGGAGAUGUUUCCGGAUGAGACCCGCAGUGUGAGGAUGAGUGAAGAAGCGGAGUACUGCAGUGAGCCCAGCCUGCUCUCCACAGAUAUACUCUCCUACCAGGAGGAUGAAAACCAACAACUAACCUGUCCAGAGGACGACAAGAGGGAGAUCCAGCCAUCUCCAAAGAGGAGUUUCCUCCGCUCUGCCUCUCUAGGUCGAAGGGCCUCCUUCCAUCUGGAAUGUCUAAAGCGACAAAAGGAUCAAGGGGGAGACAUCUCUCAGAAGACAGCCUUGCCCUUGCAUCUGGUUCAUCAUCAGGCAUUGGCAGUGGCAGGCUUGAGCCCCCUCCUGCAGAGAAGCCAUUCUCCUACCACAAUCCCCAGGCCGUGCCCCACACCCCCUGUCACUCCAGGCAGCCGGGGCAGGCCCCUACAGCCCAUCCCUACCCUACGGCUGGAGGGGGCGGACUCCAGCGAGAAACUCAACAGCAGCUUCCCAUCCAUCCACUGCAGCUCCUGGUCAGAGGAGACUACAGCCUGUAGUGGGGGCAGCAGCAUGGCUCGGAGAGCCCGGCCUGUCUCCCUCACCGUGCCCAGCCAGGCUGGAGCUCCAGGGAGACAGUUCCAUGGCAGUGCCAGCAGCCUGGUGGAAGCGGUCUUGAUUUCAGAAGGACUGGGACAGUUUGCUCAAGAUCCCAAGUUCAUCGAGGUCACCACCCAGGAGUUGGCUGACGCCUGCGACAUGACUAUAGAGGAGAUGGAGAACGCUGCAGACAACAUCCUCAGUGGGGGCGCCCAACAGAGCCCCAACGGCACCCUCUUACCUUUUGUGAACUGCAGGGACCCGGGGCAGGACAGGGCUGUGGUCCCAGAGGACGAGAGCUGCGCAUAUGCCCUGGGGCGAGGCCGGAGCGAGGAGGCGCUCCCGGACAGCAGGUCCUACGUCAGCAACCUGUAGUCCGCAGGGCUGGCGAGACGCGGGUGUUUUUUUUAUUCGUUUCAAUGUUCCUAAUGGGUUCGUUUCAGAAGUGCCUCACUGUUCUCGUGACCUGGAGGUAACCGGAACAGCGUCUUCAUUCACUGCUGUCGGGAUAAGCCUCAGAGCUGGGCGGUGUACGGAGUCGGCUUUUCAGGGGAGAAGGCCAAGGCCGUGGUGCGGGGCUCCAGCACCUUCCCGCGGCAGCACCGCCCAAAGGACCCCACCCCCCCUAAGCAAAAGGGUGUUUCCCCCUUGCUUGUAUAAACAGUCAUUUGCACACGUUCUGUCUGAGCCUGGCCGUCUCUAUGGAGCAGGGCCCUAGGGAUCUAUGGCAGGAAUGGGCCAGCGCCCCCAGUAGGAGCCGGGAGGUGGCUGCGAGGUUCCCAGCAGUGCAGGUCUGGUCUGGUCCCUACGGUCCCUGAAGGGACCCUUCCCCUGCAGGAGCUGAGAUGCAGGUGGCAGGAGCCGGUGCAGAGCACACCACCCGCCCUCAGCUAGCCAGGCCAGGGGGCGCAGGUUGCUGCCCGGUGCUCGGAGUUUCAUGGUUUGAUGGUUCUAGUCAGCAUGUUGCGAUUUUCUGGGGUUUGAUUUCUUUAUUACUAUUUGUUGUGUUUUUCCCACGGGGAGGGGAGGAAGAAGAGCAUCUACAACUGCUCGGCCUCACUUCACUGUUUCCACAUUUGUGUGUUUAAGUCGAAUUUGGUUUUAUUGUAUUCUUUAAAUGGUGCGGUCCACCCCACCCCCACCCCCGCCCCCUUUGGAGCAAGGGUUCAAUAUCAUCACAGGGAGGUUUUACCUGCUCUGUGUGUGCCCAGUGAUUUGUUACAAAUUCCUUAAGUAAAAGCAACUUUUGUUUUCUUUCGGGUUUGGUUGAGUAUCACAGUCUGCAGGUCCACAGGCAGUUAGAGAAGGCGGUGUGCACCUGGGCGACUGAGCUGGGCUCCAUUCUAUGCUGGGCAUACGGGUUGGUUCAGGAGAGACGAAAUAUGGGCAUCUUUGUGUCACACGUGUGUCCAUAGUGGGUCGUCUAUGUGUAUGUGCACCCACACGGUAUGUGAGCACCCCACCCCACCCCCGCACAAAAGUCUGUAGAUCCCCGUUUGGGUUGGACUGCAGGGAGUUCUAAAUCUGGGGCUAUUCGAAAGCAAGAACAAAUCACUGUCUCUGCUUCUGCUUCUGAAACGAGAAUCGGUAACUGCAUUUUUCUGUCCCACGAGAUAUGCAAAAGCAAUGCAAUAAUAUCCAUUUUAAAAUACGAUUGUGAGUUGUGUCAGCAUUAAAAUUCUAUUUUAAAAAAAAAACACACAAAAUUUAAGGGAAAACUCAAGAAGACAUUUUGCUUCGAUAUAUUCUGUGUAAUGUUUUAUUGCAUUGAUAAUGUUUCUGUUGAAGAAACUGUUAUACUUGAAUUCAGGUCAGUUUCAGUAUUUUUCAAAUAUUUUUUUAAAACUGAAUUGCAAUUGUGCCAAGCAAAUAUAAUGACUUAAGUUUGUUUUAAAGUUCACUUCUUGUAUAUUCUGCUGCAUGUAGAGUAAAUCAUUUUGUAUUUGGAGUGUGACAAGCUUUACCUUCGAGCUCUUAAGUGCUUUUUCUAUAAGUGGUUGGGGAAAGAUGGUUUUCUUUCAUUUGCAAAGUGAACAAAGGUGUCCCCGUGUAAGCCCUCACUCUGCUCUCCACAGGCAGGUCUGAGAGGUGCCAUUUUGCAUAUCUUGUGUUUUAUUUCCAUAUCCCUCAGCAUUUCCAAAACCCGAGUCUUCUGCUGCCUUCUGUUGUUCUCUGUGGAUACUUGUCCAAGAUGCUCCAGCAUCCCAUGGGAAGAGGUGGCUAACUUUCCCAGGCACUGCCACAGCACAUGUCUCAACUGAGAGGAUGAGGUGACCAUCGGACGGUGGGGCAGUGGUGAGAUAGACUCACCUUUGACCCAUGAUUAACCCAAACACAGACAGCUAUAGGUAGGGGCUGCGAACGGUGCCUGGAUGGAACUGUAGCCCUUAUAGAAACUAUUCACCCUUUCCUCCUUCUGAAGCAGGGGAUCUUGACCAGGGUGAGAGCAUCAGGAUCUCACAGGGGUGAAAGAGACAGAUGUCCGGGGCUUUCAUUUAUGAUCCUCUGUAUCUGCCUCCAACAACCCUGACGAUUAGUGCUGGGACCUUCUAUUGUGUCUUAAUAAGAAUGGUUGAAAAGGAAGGGCUUUGAGGAAAAUAAGACUCGACCAUUCGCUCAGAAUUUACCUACAGAGUAUCUUCCAGUCCCAGUGCCCUUCCAGCCUUUUAUGGAGAUUAUGUGAGAAUCUGCUAGAAAUUCCAGCAAGGAUGUCCCUCCGUGACAAUGAGUCUGCUCUUGUGCGCUGAUCCAUGAAAAUGCCGAGAGAGGUACCCAAUGUUCUCAGGUUGAUGGGAGUCUAGAAACAGCCUUUCUUCUUGGAUUUCCAUGUGUGGUUGACCGAGCAUUUAUGCAUCCUUUGUAGUACCCAUAAGGGCUUCUAGAGAUAAUAAUUAGACUGUGUCCUUUGUCUUGUUUCUGCUGCGUUCUGCAACUAUUUUGAUGAGACUUUAGUGGUGGAAAAGGAGCUUGCUGACUGGCUGUGUGGUUCUGGCUUGCAUCUGACUCUCCCCCCACCCCCACCCCCACCCCAGGGAAAUACGGUAUUCUGAUUGAUCCUACACACAAGCAUGCGUACUCUGCAUAGUCAUCUCUUUCCUUUGUGUUUCCCUUUGGACGCUUUGAUCCACAUUGCCAGAUUCCAUUGACCAACGACAUAAGCUGCAGGCUGAGUUCCUGUAGCCCCCACCAGAACUCUGCCCAGAGUCAUUCCCAACCUACCCCCGCCCCUUUCACCAGCCAUACCCGCAGGCUGCUUUCUCCUGUGGCCAAGGAAACCAGAGUAGCCCUUCACUCAGAGUGAAACAAUUGGCCCCUUGCCCCUCAUUGCUAGAAGAAAAAAGGUUCAGUAGACAGUGGGUCUUUCAUACUUGGCUUCAUGACCACCUGGAUAAGAUUGACACAUGCUGCCUAUCACCAGGACAGUGGGGGCCAGUGUCUAGGAAAGUCCCUGAACAUCUACACCAGACUAUCUACUCUCCACCCAACAUGGAAUUUUCCCAGUGACUGUUUUGAACAUAAUUAUCAAACCUUCUGCGAUCCGGACCCUUCCUGAGUGGCAGAGGAAUUAGUCUGCAGCUGGGGACGAAAGGGACACGAGGGAGUGUAGAUCAUGUGUUUUCAUCUGUCCUAUGACUAGCUCUGUCUCUUUUGUUCCCAAUUUUGUCAUGUGUGUGGCCAUGACGCAGUCCAAGUAACACACAAGCCCAGUGAAGUUCCUUUCUGCCUGGUUCUAGGUUCUUCAUAUCUUCAAAUGAAAAAGAGAGAGAUUUUCCUAGGCCUUGUUUGAUUCAUUUCGUAAACAUCUUUUUCUAUUAGCUGGGGUUCCCAUCUUCUUAAUCUGACUAGGAACCCAAGGCCCAACUGUGUCUUUUACCCUCCUCUGGUGCCUUGGUUCCACAUUCUGGAACUUGUAUGAAGAAAAGGUCUAUGUUCCUUUCUCACACUUCUCAACCAUCCAGAGCUCUGGAGAAGCCCAACUGAACACAGUAGACAGGCCUUCCUUUGCCAAAGUCAGCACAUUCCUGGAACACUCUUGAAGUCAGCAGAGAGAAUGUGGCUGGUGUACAGAGUCCACAUGACACAGCUCUACUGCUCCAAGAAAGCAAGGAUCUAGGUCAAGUACGGAGUAAACUCUGGUAAUCAGGGUUUUUAGCCUUAUCCUACCGACUCUUCGUAUGUUUCCCAGGAGAAGGAUGGUCCCUCCAUCCCAGAGUGACUGAAAUGUCCUCAAUCAUGAGCUAGAAAAAAAAAAUUGAGCAAGGAGCUGAGGAAGGAAUGUCUGGAUUUCAGAAGAGCUAGUCAGAGCCCAGGGAAGCUGAUGUUAAGUGUCCUGACUGAUUCUGUUCUUCAACAAGCCCUGUCUCGGAACCGAGUGUCAGCAGAGAGAGAACUAGAGGGGUGUGGGGGUGAGGAAAGGUCAUGUCUUGACCCCCUCUGGGUCAUCUCACUGUACGGAAAGCUCUUCCGUGUGGUCACCCUGAUGCCAGCCUUGGUAAAGGCUAGUGGCUCCAUAAUCUGAUUUGGAAGCUAUGGGAAAAAAACUCCUACCCUAGGAAAAAAAUCAACCUAGCUAGAGAAAUGUGGUCCUUGCCUGGCCAUGUGACAUACCCCCCCCCCACACACACACACACAUCUGCCAAAGAAUUUACCAAUGGGGAAGUAGUUGGGGGAGCUUGGCUCUCACUCACCUAAGUCUACGUUCUACAGCAGCUGCCCGGGGGAAAGGCAUCCUGGAAGCUGUGAGGGGAAAAGCACCCUAUGUAAGAUGUCAGGAAGGGGCGCCUUCCCCUCCUUGAGCAUCUCGCCAUUCCUACCCUUCCUCGUCCCCUUCCCCCUCCCCUCCUUCCUCUUCUUCCUCCUCAUCUACCUCCUCCUCCCUUUCUCCUCUUCUGUACUUCCUCCUCUUUUACCUGUCUUCCUCCUCCUCCUCCCCCUCCUCUUCCUCUUCUUCUUCCUCCUCUACAAACCCAGUGAAGGGAACAAAGGUGGAAGGAACCCACUGGAGAUUCUUAAAAUGUUUUUUUUAGGGGGGGGUUGUUUGUUUGUUUUUUUCUGUAUGCCAUACUGUCACCUUGUUAGGGAGUCAGUUGAAUGCCACACACACACACACACACACACACACACACACACACACACACACCCUAAGAUACAAGUGCUGGAGGUGAUAGCUACAUAGUGAUUUUUUUUCUACAAAAGAGGAAGGCUGUGGUUGGCAUAUUCAACCUGUUCAAUCUGUGGCUGUGUAUCCUAGAACACCUGUGAAUGUGGCCCAGCACAUUUACAGAUGAUGUCCUAUUAUAACAGAAAAGCGCUGGGCACCUUUGAAGAGGGACACGUGGAAGAAACUAGGAUAGUUUCCAUUGGUAGAAAUGGUGCCCAUGUUCUUCAUCUACAGUGAGGAAAUGCUGCCACUCUUAAACUCACCCUUUUCCUCCAGCCAUCUUAAGUUUGAUCCACAUAGCAUGUGAGAAAGAGCCUGGUCUCCCGGGUGUGUUAGGAAAGCAGGUUAAGCCAUCUCUGAAAGGGGAUUAGAGAAUGGAGCUGAACAGAUCAAGCAUUGCAAAUCAAUUCAAUGCCGUGAGAAAAGUCUGAACUGAGAUCUUUCUAUUACAUUUCUCUUAGGUCUCCACUAGGAAGUCAAGGCCAGGUAAAACUCAGAACAGAUGUGAAUCUGCUGUCAUAUCACCAGAACCAAACUGUUUCAGAUGCUCACUGUUUUAGAGGUAUAGACCCCACGUCCUCAUGGGAAAUCCUAGGGACGGAAAUUCCCCAGAAUCAAAAUGACUUGAUGUUGUAAAGCUUACAGAAUAGGUGGCAUGCCACUUGCUCUAGCAUAAAUGAGGCAAUUAUUGCAAAUUUGCCACCUUAAAUCCCCUCAUGCACCCGUCAGCAGGCUCAUUACAGGGACAGUUUGAGAAUGCAGAAGCCAUGGAUAAUUAGAGGGUUGUUUCUUUUCUUUUUUCCUUUUUUUUGGGGGGGAAACAUUGUGAAGGCACUGGGGGUUGAACCAAGGGCUUUAUGCAUGCUCUAAGCAAGUGCUUUAGCUUUUAUUUGAGAUAGUUUGUGCCUCCUAGGAUUCCCCAGCAUGGAGAAACACACCAAAGUUAAAAGCAGGGAGAAACCAUUAGUAAUUAAGGACAGAUGAUUUAUAAGCAAGUAGCCCCUGCAGAGGGCCCCUUAGAAGGUGUCACAGUGACUGACCCAUGAGCUAUGGGUACCUUUCUGUUCUGCACACCGCACACAUCCACAGCUGCACCCAGCCCCUCAGACUUGAAGUUCACCUCUCAGCCUUCCUACCAGACCAUGUACCCAUCUGUCCUGUCCUGCUUGGACAUGCGCUUUUUUUUUUUUUUUUUAAUUUGCCCAAUGCCCUGAACAAAACACAGAUGACAGAGAAACAGCAGGGCUUACACAGCUCUGGAAUGACAGCAGUUAAGAACAACCCGUGGGAAGAGGGAGUCAUUGAGAAAUAGGGUGGCAGAGCCCCGGAGUGCGCACUGCAAUGUCUGCUGCUCUCAGAAAUACUACAGUUCUACUUCUGCCUGCCAGUGUUACUAAGGAAAACUUCCCUCCAUGAAAAGGGUCCACAUAAAGCCACUCCCUCCCUCCACUCUCCAUGUGUGUACUCAGUCCACUCUUAUGUCCCCAAGAAAACCUGUCAUGUGCCAUGCCUAUUCCCAGAGAGGCAUGGAUAGAUGAACAGGUUUCUAGACCACUCAUACACACCUGUCCAUCCCACACCUGCCCCUCCAGGCUCCACGACACCACAGUCUGACUGUUGUAAAUAUUGUUGUACAGUUUGUAAUCAAAUACUCCUGUCGUCAAAGGCCCUGCCUGCUGCGCCUUCUCCCCCCUCGAGCAAGGCCAGGGAAUCUAGAAGGGCACACCUUCAAGGAGAGCUUCAGGGCCCAUCUCUGUGUGAGACGCUACUGUAUAUUCCUGUAAGAUUGCAUUUUUAUCUAAGGAAUGAUGUUAUUUAAAAAACAAACAAAAACGCAAAAAAGAAUUGCAAAUAAAUUUCUUAACAAUGUC